GAUUUUCAAUGUUUUAAAGUUUUAGAACUUUUCAAACUUACGGUAGUUUCAAAACAUUAAUAUUCACUAAAAUGUCUCAACUCUAUGCCAAAGACUCUUUGGACCGAUUCGGUGAUGAUUUGUGUGAACUAUUAUUGAGUUAUCUUCCACUCGAAGAUCGAUUCCGUAAUGAAUGUGUGUCCAAACAGUUUCAAAGAUGUGUUUUCGUUACUCUUCGAGACCUAAUCAUCGACGAGAAACUCAUGAAGAAAAUGACUAAAAAAUAUUUCCCAAUCAAUAUAAUGGCUAUAAUUAUGGAAAAGUGUCCAAACAUUCAGCACAUCCACUGCACCCGGAUCUGUAGUCCACCACACGAUUGUAGUCAACACAUGGAUGACCAGAUACACCACAAUUACCACCACCACCGACGUGUCCACAGACUCGUCAACCGUAUGGAUGGGAAUCGGUGUCCAUUUGAAGACAAAUUUGAUGUCAAUCUGAUGACUGAGUUCUUUCAAACCUACGGCUCAAUGAUCACAAAAAUUAAUUUUUUGGACACAGAUUUCAAGCAUUAUCUGUACUUUUGUCACAAUUUGUCUCACCUGAAGACACAGUACUUGUCGGAUGUCUUGCAAUCGGGGAAACUAUUAUUGGUCCGCAAUCUGAAGAGAUAUGAGUUUCACAUGAAUCGCGACUUUAAUAACCAGAUGUUUGACACUUUUGUCGCCAAUAAUAAGUCUCUCAAAAGUAUUGUCGUCCAGAAUAUCGCCAUCAGAUCCCAAGAGACGGUCAUUGAAUUCAUGAACAAAUUCACAGAAUUGACAGAAUUGCAAGAAUUGUCGCUAUAUUUCGGCAAUAAAACCGUCAGAUAUUCAUUGAGUGACUGUUUCACAGAAAUUGGCUUAAAGUGUAAGAAACUGAAGAAACUUUGCGUUCAAAUGAAGUCAAACUCAACUGAACUGAAUGUCGAGAUAUUUAACUCAAUUCAAUACUUCUCGGGAUUAAAACGAUUGGAUUUGAGUCUCAAUCUGUCGAUCGGUCUUAUUGUCAGCAAUAGUUUGCAAUCAUUUGAUUCAUUCAAAUGUUGGCCACAAUUGACUCAUUUAUGCCUAGAUUUAUGGCAAAUGAGUGACAAAUUCUACGACAGAAUCGACAAAAUGCAGCCAAAACUGCAACACUUGGACACCACUGACCCCUCGUCUCAAUUAAGUGGCAAAGACUUCAAACACAUCUCAAGAUUGCCAAACCUGCGGACACUUAUCAUCAGAAAUUCAAACAAAAACAAAUGCUUUGAUCCCAUAUUCCUCAAUGUCUUGGCGCUAAAAUGUGCUAAAAUAAUGUCGAUUGAGAUUUGGCUAAAAGCGGGUCAAACUCAUGGUCUCAAUGAGCGUAUGAUUGAGUCCAUCAAAAAGACUUAUCAAAUGAGACUCAAUAAAAGGAGUCUAAUGUCCAACACUUCCAACCACUUCAUUGACUCACCUGAAGAAGUUGCACACAAUUAGAAUCGUUUGCAUGAUUUAAAUAUAAGACCUGGAC